AGGUCAGUUGCUGUUUCGAAACAGACUUCAAUGUUUCCGGGCAUACACUCAAUGCAUUUGAGCAUGGUGUGUUUUUUUUUUAUUCGGUACUGAAGUCAAUGUAUUUAUGUUUUGUUUUUUGUUUUUUUGGUCGACCAAAAGUGACUGAACGCAUGCUCCUAUUUGACGUAUUCAUUUUUACGAGGCGCACUUGAACGCAGCACAGUUCCCAAGGAGAAAGCCGCAAAGAAAGAGGUCGCGUGGAAGGGAUCCGACACUCAACGGAUUUUCUUCCUCAGCAUUUUUAUUUAUUUAUUUUCGGGAGGGGGAGGGGGGUGUUAGAAAUACAAAUCUCGUUUUGCUGGCAGGAGCGGCUGGCUUAUUCAACCUGUCCGGUGAACCUGCCCCCACGCCGGGGGCUAAGAGGACCUGCCAUCCGCCUCACGCGAUGGAGGUGACGGAGCACAACUAAUCGACAGCACCCAGAAGAUGUGAGGUACGUUGUGGGAUGCGAACGUCAGAGCUGCCAGAGGAGGAGGGGGGCCGCAGCGGAAGCCUGGAGGCCAGAUGAGAAAAAAAACCCAAAAUGGGGUAAUUUCACGCACCAUUCGAAGAAGAAAUAACACGCUGGCUGUUAGUUAACAAACUGAUCCCUGGGGGUAACUGUGAUGGACCCUGGGGAAAGCCGUGCCAGACGUGAGACCUCCCUCGAGUAACCCCUUGGCGAUGGAACCCUGCGUCUCCCACCUCCUGUCCAGCGCCCCACUUCCCAGCUUCCCCCGGUACCGAGGCGCCGCCAUCUAUCGUGGACCUCAGUGGUUCCCGCUUGCGUCCAGGUGUAACAGCAGCACCUUGCUGUCCAAUUUGAGACAUUGCCCUGGUCAAAAGGGGCCCCCGGACACUGUGCCGGGACGUUCUCUCGAUGUUCCAACGGGGGGCAGGCUAUACCGGAGCAUGGAAAACUUGAACUGGAACCCAGUUCUGGAUUCAGGUCUGUGCUCAUCCAGUGAGUUUAUUGUGGGCUACACGGCCACCAGUCACUGGUACGACGGGCCCCCAGAUGGGUCCAAGCUGGCGAGUCUGGAAUACUACCCCCAACAUAGUCCCCGUAGGAAGGAUGUGCCCAGUUUCCCACAAUUGCUUUUCCCCAGUGGAAUAGAGGAAUGGGACGCCAGGAAAGGUCUGCGGGAAAAGCUUCGCCUCCAAAGUGCACGGUCAGCAACGGACCCUCCGAAGACCCAACCCCUGCGUACCACGGACUCCUUCCCCAUCGAAGUGAACUCGGGGUGUCGGCCGGUGGGCGGCAUGCGUCUGACCUGUCCCCAGGAGAUUAAACAGGAAGUCCUGAGGAGACUUGAACUGCGCCGGCAGAACAGCAGCCCCAACCUGGCUCUCCACGGGGCACCGAGUAGUCCAAAGUCGCGACCGGUGUCCCAAACUGCGGUUCCCAUCUUGGGUGGGGACAACGGACACCGGCAAAGCGUUUCCACAGGCCACCUGUAUAUCCCCACAUUCGAGGAGUUCAAGAGGAUGAGGAUGAAGGAGCGGAACCAGGAGUCCGCAGCAGGUUCCGAGGACUCUGGUCUUCCCACCUCUAAGACCGGACUGGGUUCGCCGAUCCGCACAGGCCCCUCUCCAAGGACCCCAUUGCAAGCGUCAAGUCAGGGAGAAGCCGGCGAUAAUGGGCGGCGUCGGAGGUCCAGUCUGGAACCGGUCGGUUCGGUUCUGUUCCCACCCGGCAAGGACCACAAAGGGCGGCCGUCCAGUUGCUGCCCUGCGCUGCUCCUGGAGGGAACGGACCUGACCAGCUACGGGGCCAAGAUCUACAAAAUGAAGGACGGCCUCAUUGGCUCAGCUCUGGACCUCAUAAAAAAGAGCUGCAGUGCAGACAUUUCCUCCGAGGCCCCCGUCAGACUGUCAGCUGAGCGGGACAGAGACGCCCCCGACGCCCCCCACCAGCCCUCUGCCGCCGUCGCCAUGGCAACCGCGGCAGGAGCCGAGGCUGGCCACCAGACACCUACAGAAGAAGAAGAAGAAGACGACGGCGGCGAAGGCGAAGAAGCGGGAGAAUGUACGCCAGGUGCCUGCCGGCGUUCCAGCUCAGACACGACAUCCGAGCGAUUCCAGGCAACUGGAUCGGAGGGUGCGCAGGAGCGGUCGCAGAAGGCUGACGGGUGUCGCUUGCGAUCGCACCGCAGCUACCCCAUGCCGGCAGAUGCCGCCGGUCGCAAACAGCCCGAGAUGAAGGCCAAGAUGGAGAACAACGCGCCCCAUGGAGGACAUCAUCGGAGGGAGAGAGACAGCGCUCCGGCAGUGCUUCGCGGUCACUCGGAGCCGCCCGGCGAGGAGCGCCCGGCGGGUCCGGACGACCGUCCGGCGUCGGAUCGCCGGAGGGCCCGCGCCCGUCAUCACCGAUGGAGCACCAUCAGUAGCCUGAGCGCCGACAGCGGCGUGGUGGGUCUCAGCGAGGAGGACGACAACGGCGCCGAGCCCCGGCGGCGGCGGCGCGGCGUGGAAGUGGAGCGGGCCGACAGCGGCAUCGGACCGGGUCUCUCCCGGGCCUGGAAGAGACCCUCGUUGUGCAGCGACUGCGGUCGGCGAGACGAGACUUCGGAGGGCCGCAGCGCAUGCGAGCGUUGCGCCAAACUGCGGACGGAACGUAAAGAAGCCGUGUUGGAGUUCCUGAACACGGAGAGCAGCUACGGCGAGGACCUGAGGAUCAUCAAGGAGGAGUUCUACGGACCCAUGCGCAGCGCCGGCCUGCUGGGCGCCGAGCAGCUGGCGGUGGUCUUCGCCAACGUCCAGGAGUUGGCGGACGUGAACGAGAGGUUCACGGAACAUCUGCAGGACGCCAUUGAACAUGCCCUGGACCAGGGAGAUGAGGAUCUGCUGACGGUAUCCGUCGGCGAGAUCUUCCUGGAGUUCGUGAACAUGCUGCCGGCCUUCCAGACGUACUGCCUACAACAGUCGGCCUCGGUGAACAUGCUCAACGCGCUGGAGAAGGAGAAGGAACUGCUCAGGAUCUUCCUUGACGUCUCCCAGAACGACAACACGGCGUUGCGUCGCAUGAACCUGCGCUCGUUCCUCAUGGCGCCUCUUCAGCGUGUCACCAAGUACCCUCUGCUGCUCAGCCGCCUCCUCAAAGUCACUCCGGAGAAGCACCCGGAAUUCGGGAGGCUCCGUGAGGCCAAGAACCGCGUGGAGGCCCACCUGGAGCACAUCAACACCAAGACCAAGCAGCAGGACGGGAACGGUAUGGCCUCCUGGUCCCUGCGAUCCUUCCGCCGCGACAGCCGCAAGAAUCGGGAGCCGGUGGACGCCGAAAUGCGGGAGGCGUCCAUGAAGACUCUGGGUUGGACCCGGGAAGACACCCGCUUCGUCAUGGAGGGACCCUUGCAGCUCUCGCAGCCGGCCGACGGGCAGUGGGUGAAGAAGGGGAGCAAGGCGCUCAAGUUCCAAAACGUUCAGAGUCUGCUCAUGGUGAGGACGCGGCCCGGGGCGGAGCAAGCGGGAGAAAGCGUCCAAGACGGAGUUCUGGUUCUGAUCAAGGACAAGAGCAGCGGCAAGUUCGCCGUCAUGCGCGAGCCAAUCCGGCUGGCCAACUGCGUGGUGUCCAUGGACCCCGAGUGCCAGGAUACUUUUGAGGUUCUGGACAUCCGGCGGGAGUCGUUUGUUUUUCGGGCCACGGACAAGUCCCGGACGCAGAACUGGUUCCACCAGAUGAAGAGGUACGCUCGGGACUUGGGAACCUGGCGCAAGAGACGCAACGCUUUGCCCAAUAUCAUGAUCAACACCAAUCAAAGUCGGUCCUGAGCGAGGCCUUUUUCCGCUAUCGAUAGACCGCCCCCCAAAAACUGCAAUGUGACACCAUGCUGUUGCCUCACCGACACCCCACCCCCCACC